GGCGAAAAUCGUUUAGGGGCUCUACCACAAGCGGUUUAACCAACGGGUUGUGCCAAAUCUUAAAUUGUUGGAUACGGAGCCACGUUUUCGGCUGACAGUGGGGAAGACUAUUUGGUUUCUAUUAGCUUUCUCUCAAGGAAAUCGUUUAUUGCUGUGACAAGAUUUUGAGGUAUUGUAAUGCAGAAAGACAUUAAUCAUUUUUUUUGCCGGAGGUAAAUGAGAAAGUCAUCGAAUCGACGUUGGCCUAGUUGUCCAAGGGAUCCGAGCAGACGUUUACACCCUUUGCCUCCAUCUACGCGCCCGGUACCGGAACAGCAUCUGGAAGAAAAAACUGUUGAGCCGGACAGCACAGAGGACGUAGUGGGAAGUGGGCAGCGGAUAAUCCAGGCGGAAAAAAGGUUGGAGAGUACUGCGAAAGAUCUUGAAGAAUCUUACGUAGACAAGAGUAUUGAGGCAGUUAAAGAAGGUAGCGAAAAAAGUGAAGACGACGAGUUGGAGAGUACUGCGAAAGAUCUUGAAGAAUCUAACGUAGACAAGAGUAUUGACGACGCACACGAAAGUAGCGAAGAAAGCGAAGAAGAGGAAAACGGGGACAGCACUGACGAGGAGCAGUUAUUUGCAGAUACCGAUAGUGAUUCAGGUACUGGCAUUAUGCCUCCUCAGAUAAAGUUUUUGAGUCCCAAGGUCUUUAAGGCAACGCCGGAAGAUGACGCCUUCGACUGGCUUGAGCGUUACGAGUCAACGGGAGCGUACAAUCAAUGGGGCGAUACGGAGCUAAGGGCGAAUUUCAGCAUGUAUCUGGAUGGAGCGGCAAGAAAAUGGUACCUGUGCUCCACACUUCCGACGGAGUGGCGUGAUUUACCCAUACGACCGGGGGUUGGCCUCAACGCAGCUGAUCUUCCGGCAGUAACUGGAGUCAGAACACUGUUUUUGAAAGAAUUUCAGCAACAAAACUACAAGCUGUUCCAGGAAACACGCUUGCGGAACCGGGUUCAAGGUAUCGAAGAAGCGACAACUAACUACUAUUACGAUGUUAUUGAUCUUUGUAGGGUGGUGGAUCCAACAAUGGCGGAAGCCACCAAAGUCGACUAUCUUUUUGGGGGAUUACGGCCCUCGUUGGUCGAAAAAUUGUACCCGUUACAACCCAAAACAGGCGAAGAAUUUUUAGAGGCGGCGAAACGGUUUACUGAUGCCAAGCUCUUGGCCAAUAGACGAAACUGGCCGGACGCGGUGCUCGGGGUGGCAGCAACCAGAGUGGCGGAUGUUCCAAUUGAUUUCAUUCGGACCCUUCCAAAACCAGCUCCAACUGUGGCUGAUACGGAAUUAUGGAAAGUAAUUAAAGAACUGCAAGGUGCGGUAGAAAGUUUGAAGAUUCAAGCAACUCCACCUCCGAAGAGACCAGGAAACGAGAAGACAGUUACGUGGGGAGAGUCGGAGAGAAUCUACAGAAACAAUAACGGAGUACUCAAAUGUUACUGUUGUAACGGAACGGGGCACAUGGCCCGGAAUUGUUGGGAAAAUCCGCAAUCUGCUCGUUUCCGACAACGAUCCUACUCAGGUCCUCCUGGCCCACAGAGAGGGCCGUUGGGUCCUCCCGCGCCAAUCAACAUCGUGUCCCAGCUAGCCGAGACGACUGCAGAUUCAUCAACACAGGAAGAGAUAAAGGAGCAACCUAUCCUUAGACUAGAUUUCAGCAAGCUGAUCAGAGAAGAAGUCACUUGUGGAACACGGCAAGUAAUGGCAGUCGUCGACACAGGGGCAGCACUGACAGUUAUAUCACCGGAGCUGCUACGUGCAUCCCAGUUCGUGCUGCGUCCAUGGGACGGACCGCGGGUGGUGAUGGCUAAUGGAGAACAAGCAACGUUGAUGGGAGCAGCCACCAUUUCGGUCAACCACAAAAUGGGAACAGCAACUGGCGAAGCGGUGGUAUUUGGGAUGGACGGAAUUGAUUUGAUUUUGGGCAAUGAUUUCCUGAAACAGUAUGGCAAAGUACAAAUCGAUUAUCGAGAGCCGAAGGCCUCAAUUACUUUUGGAGAUCAGCCUCUUGCAGCCAUUACAUCGCAGCGGACAGAUCACCAAACACGGUCGGUUAAAUUGAUUACCAACGCUGAUGUAACAAUCCCUUCUUUCUCAGUGGCCAAUGUGAUGACAGUAGCGCCAGCUUUACAGGCGGAGAACUUUUGUUUCGAACCAUCAGGAAAACUUCUACAAACCAAGGGAGUGUCGGUGGGACACGCGUUACUGGCAGCCAAAGUGGAUUUCACCCCGUUGGCCAAUUUAACGUCGACUAGCGUGUGGAUUCCAAAAGGGACGACAUUGGGAGUCAUCAGUGGCUACGACGGAGAAGUGCUGAGCUGUGGCCUAACGACAAAAGAAGAGAACUCCCCAAUGACCAGACCACCAACAAAGGAAGAAGUGAAUCAGCGGAGGAGACUCAUAGACGACCUCAAAAAACAAGUAAAUCAUGGCAUUCCGAAAGACAAACGUGAAAAAAUGUUCCAAUUGCUAGAAGAAAAUUUGGAAUGUUUUGCGGCAAACGCUUCGGAAGUAGGCCGCUGCAACAUAUCCGAACAUAACAUUGAAACGGGAGAUUCCCCGCCAAUCCAUCAGGCCCCGUAUGCCAGCGCGUGGAAGGCUAGAACCAUCGUGAACGAACAAGUAAAAAGUUUGGAAGAGGCGGGAAUUAUCGAAAUUUCGGACAGCUCGUGGUCCGCACCGGUGGUGCUAAUCAGAAAGAAGGAUGGAACAUGGAGAUUCUGUGUCGAUUACAGAAAGCUGAAUUCAGUCACGGUACGGGAUGUUUAUCCUCUACCAAGAAUUGCGGAUGUGCUGAGCCGAUUGGAAGGAGCAGAAUUUUUUUCCAUCCUCGACUUACAAGCCGGAUAUCAUCAGAUUCCGGUGAGAGACGAGGACCGUCACAAGACUGCCUUUAUUACGGCUGAUGGGUUGUACCAGUUCAAGGUACUCCCAUUUGGCCUAUCGAACGGUCCCAGUUCAUUCCAGCGGUCCAUGGAUAUUAUACUGGCCGGACUUCGAUGGACAGCGUGCCUCGUCUACUUGGAUGAUGUUAUAGUGUACUCGUCAACAAUCGACCUCCAUGUCGAACGACUAAGUUUGAAAGUAUUAGGUCAUGUAGUGGAUGCGGAUGGUAUUCGUCCAGACCCGGACAAAUUAGCAGCGGUAAAGGAGUUCCCACCGUGCAACGAAGGAAAGACGGUGGCUCUUAAAGUGAAGAAAGUACAGAGCUAUCUUGGCCUGUGCUCUUAUUAUCGUCCACACAUCAAAGAUUUUUCUAUAAUUGCACGCCCGUUAAUUUUGUUAACCAAAAAGGAUGCAGUGUUUGAUUGGGGUCCUGACCAGGAGUCCAGCUUCAACACACUGAAGCAAGCGCUGCUUGCAGCCCCAGUCCUGGCUCAUCCGAAUUAUGACCUACCAAUGGAAAUCAUUCCCGAUGCCUGUGGCUACGGCAUUGGUGCGGUAUUGGCACAACGAGUGGAAGGGCAAGAACAUCCGUUGGCCUAUGCCAGUCGCCUGUUAAGCAGCUCCGAAAUAAACUACAGCAUCACCGAGAAAGAAUGCCUGGCCUUGGUUUGGGCCUUAAAAAAAUUUAAAGGUUAUGUAUGGGGAUGCAAGAUCGUGGUAGUUACAGACCACCAGGCGCUGUGUUGGUUGUUAACCAAACGAGAUCUCGCUGGACGGCUAGCCCGUUGGAGCUUGUCGAUACAGGAGUAUGACAUCGAAAUCCGGUAUAGAAGCGGAAAACUCCAUGACAACGCAGAUUGCCUCUCGCGAUGCCCUUUACCCGUGACCGAAGACCAAGAAGAAGAUCGCUGUGUGGCCAUAGGACUUGUGGGGAGUGGCAGAUCGGUCGAUUUUGGACCGGAGGAAGAAUUCGUUGCGGAGCAGCGUCGGGUCCCGCGGUGGCGUCGUCUGAUGGACCAGUUGGAAGCAGGUCGUGCAACGUUAAAAAACUUCUGUCUAUUCAAUGGGCGACUAUGCUUACAGACCAUUAAAAACGGUAAACAGUAUCGUCGCCUGUGCGUCCCACGUUCCUUUCGGGAACGGGUCGUAAAGGCAUACCAUGACGACUUGAUAUCAGGGCAUAUGGGAGUUCGACGCACCCUAACGAAAAUUGCUAAUCGAUUCUUUUGGGAGCGUUUGGCGAUUGAUGUUACGAAUUAUGUGCAAUCAUGUCCUAAUUGCCAGGGUCGAAAAGGAGUGAACAAACGGCCAGCCGGUUUCCUGCAGUGUAUUCAGGUGGCACGUCCAUUUCAAAAGGUGGGAAUCGACCUCUUAGGUGCGGAUGCCAACCCUCGGCUGGUUACGUCGGGAACGGCUCCGGAUUAUGCAACCCAGGUUGUGACCGAAUUGGCGAAGGCUCGAGCAUUGGUGCACACGCGAUUGGGAGUCGCCCAGGACAACCAGCGACGAGAGUAUGACAGUCGCCACAGAGAGCUUCAAUUUCAAACAACUCCCGUGAACUACGAAGUAAAGUUAAGUUCCGGAUCAAGAAAAUCGGAGAUUGUGCACGUCGUAAAAAUGAAACUUUUUCACGACUUGGUCGAACGAGGUCCAAAUUUGAAUACGGAAUCCACAGAGGCGACACGUGAGACACCUCUACCAAACGCCCCUCAACCACCUGUGAGGAUUCAUCGGGAGACGGGUACGGAUAAUGGAAACCACGGUGAGAGGGCUGCAGUUUUAUCCGACAACAGCGUCCAUCCAGUACCGUCAUCUGGGGGAGUUCGUCAGCCAGAGACAGCAAGCAGGCCGGCCCGCCUCCCCACAAGGAUACAGCCGGCUCGUCGAGCUGGUCGACCGAAUCGUUACCUCGCUUUGUUGCUGCCUUACACAAUUUGUGUAUUGACCUUUCUCGGGUCAGUCAAUGUAGAUGCGUUGCUUGUCCGAGACACCGUGAUUUUCAAUGAAAAACCGGGUGUCGCGUUCGGAGAAUCAUUCUGGACAGUCAUAACAGACCUCGAUAUACGACCGGCAGAGGCAGUGGUUCAGACAUUGAAAGUGAGGCUGAAGGAGUACGCGGACAUGGCCGUUAAGUGCCGUCAAACAGGAAAUCAACAAGGUGCAUCGGCGGCCAAAAAACUUGAUGUCAAGUGUCAUUGGUUUGAACGUGAAUUAAAUCAAUCCGAACAUCGACUAGCAACUUUUCGGGACGCCAUUGGUUCUCCUUCCAAACAACGUCGAGCGGUGAUCGAUGGCGGCGGAUCAGCGUUAAAGUGGCUGUUCGGAGUAGCCACCCAGGCUGAUCUCGCUGGAUUGAAUAAGAAGAUCACCGGCCUUACACACCGGGAAAAGGAAAUAGUCCAUUUGAUGGACCAGCAGGCAACUGUAGUGAACGAAUCACUUUGGGAGAUCCGGACAAAUACCAAGCUGAUCCAGGAGUUGGAAGGACAACAAUUUAAAGAAUGGAAAGGAUCCGAAGUAGCUUAUCUUGGAGAGAAUCGCUGGGUGUUCUCAGCCGUUACAGCUCAUGAGGUGGUGUUCUCAUGUCCGAUCGGUAGCAGCCAAGGGCCCCCGCAAUCACUGUUGCUGCCUCCGUUUGGGAUUUUUGAUGUCCCUCCUGGAUGUACGGCUCGAACGGAAGACUGGGUCUUCCCCGCCAGUUUAGACGGACGAUUGGAGGCCUCGUUAGAUCCUCUGGUGGCACCCACGCUGGCCGCAGUGGGGUUUAAUGUAACAACGUUCAAAUCGGUCGCCAUCAUUGAGCUCCCGAAGGCGAAUGCCACAUCAAUUAAUUUCAUCAGCGACCUACUGCGCCGAAACGACGGCGCUCGUGCGUCGUCUGAAAUGACAGGAUUCCAGAUUCAAGAGUUAAUGAAGAAGACGACCGAAGAAUUUCAGCUGUCGGAGCCAAGAUAUCCGUUUGAACUUCUGAUCAUGUUACUAUUACUAGUGGUGGCAACAACUUAUCUCAGUUACCAAACUGUUUGGCUGAGAGGCCGUAUGAGGGCCCACGAACAAUUAGAUGUUCAAGACGAUCACUUCCUACCGCACCUCGAACAGGUGGCGGAGGUUUGA